AUGUCUGCCUUCCGUUUAAUAGCUAGACCUCUUCAAAAUAGCCGCCGUCAUUUGAGCACUAGCUUGCCUUCUCGUCUUGCUGCUGUUACCCAAAAGACAACUCCCGAAGCAUUGUCUGCUGCUGCUCUUCAUGCCAGUGGUCCCAUGAGAAACGAUUGGACUCGCGAUGAAAUUCAAUCCAUCUACGACUCUCCAUUGAUGGAUUUGCUCUACCACGGUGCCAAGGUACACCGUGAGAAUUUUAAUCCUAGAGAAGUCCAGCAAUGUACUUUGUUAUCCAUCAAGACCGGUGGCUGUACCGAGGAUUGCAAAUACUGCCCCCAAUCAUCUCGUUACAAGACUUCUGUCAAGGCCCAAAAGAUCCUUGAUUCAGAAGAAAUCCUCUUUGCUGCCCAAAGAGCCAAAGAUGCCGGUAGUACAAGAUUUUGUAUGGGUGCUGCUUGGAGAGAUUUGGCUGGUCGCAAGUCCAACUUUAACAAGAUUUUAGACCAUGUCAAGGUCAUUCGCUCUAUGGGCAUGGAGGUAUGCUGUACCCUGGGAAUGUUGGAUGAAGAACAAGCCAAGGCCCUGAAAAAUGCUGGUUUGACAGCUUACAAUCACAAUUUGGAUACUUCUCGUGAAUUUUAUCCCAAGAUCAUUACUACUCGUACCUACGAUGAACGUCUCAAGACAAUUGACAAUGCUCAAAAUGCUGGCAUCUCUGUCUGCUCUGGAGGUAUCAUUGGUUUGGGUGAGAAGGGCGAAGACAGAGUCGGAUUAUUACAUACUUUAUCCACAUUAAAGCAACAUCCCGAAAGUGUGCCUGUUAAUGCUUUGUUGGCUGUUGAAGGCACUCCCUUGGAGAAGCAAGAGCCUGUCUCUGUUUUUGAAAUGAUCCGUAUGAUUGCUACUGCUCGUAUCAUCAUGCCUAAAUCCAUGGUUCGUCUUUCCGCUGGUCGUGUCCGUUUCUCUGUUCCUGAACAAGCCAUGUGCUUCAUGGCUGGUGCCAACUCCAUCUUUACCGGCGACAAAUUGUUGACUACCCCCAACAAUGAAUUUUCUGAUGACAAGAAGAUGUUUGAGUUGCUUGGUCUUGUCCCCAAGCCACCAAACUUUGCUCAAGGCUCUGACAAGAAGCAAGUGCCUGUCUAUCAUCAAUCACAAAUGCCCAAAUGUUUCAAGCCUAGAAAGGAGGAGGCCGCAUCUGAGUCUGCAUAA